AUGUUUCUCCGGUCGAAGAAUUUAUGGACGAUGCUUCUGAUUCUAGCGAUUUGUUCGCGAAUUUCACAGUCGCUGCACUUCGAUUUGCAUUCAGGUCGCACAAAGUGUAUCGCCGAAGACAUCAAGAGCAAUUCCAUGACUGUUGGCAAGUACAGCAUCGAUAACCCUCACGAAGGCCAGACUCUUCCGCCAUCUCACAAGAUCUCCGUCAAGGUAACGUCCAGCUCCGGGACCACGUACCAUCACUCGGAGCAAGUGGAUUCGGGUCAAUUCGCGUUCUCGGCGGUGGAAGCAGGGGAUUACAUGGCUUGCUUCUCCGCCGCCGAUCAUAAGCCUGAGGCGGCGAUAAGCAUUGAUUUUGAGUGGAGGACGGGUGUUCAAUCCAAGAGCUGGGCUAAAGUAGCCAAGAAGAGCCAAAUCGAAGUUAUGGAAUACGAGGUGAAGAGUCUUCUUGAUACUGUUAACUCGAUUCAUGAAGAGAUGUUUUAUCUUAGAGAAAGGGAAGAAGAGAUGCAAGACCUGAACAGGUCGACGAACAGUAAAAUGGCGUGGUUGGGUUUCCUCUCUUUGUUUGUCUGCAUAGGAGUGGCUGGAUUGCAGUUUAUGCACUUGAAGACGUUUUUCGAGAAGAAGAAAGUUAUCUAA